GAAUAAUGCAGCCUUAUUUGUCCUACUCGCACACCGAAUUGAGGAAUUUUGUGACGCCUCCUUAAUAAUGGCAGAGAAAAGAUCAGAGUCUCCGGCACUGUCACCGGAAUCUCCAGCUCUCACCGACAAACAUGGUUCAAACUCGAAGAAGGUGACCAAAUCAGACUCCGAUAAGCCUAAGAGACCACCAUCUGCUUUCUUCUUGUACCUGGAGGACUUCCGUAUGGAAUUUUUGGAGAAGAAUCCUGAAGCCAAGUCAAUGCAUGAUGUAGGAAAGGCUUGUGGAGAGAAGUGGAAAACUAUGACUUAUGAGGAAAAAGUCCGGUAUUAUGAUAUUGCUACAAAGAAACGAACAGAGUUUGAUAGAGCUAUGGCUGACUAUAACAAAAGAAAGGAAGAUGGUGCUGAAAGUAAGACCACCACGUCAAUUGAAGGACGCCGGAGAAGAACUGUCCCGAGCCGGGCAUCAUGGAAGCGUAAAACGACGUCAAAGAAAGUGACCAAAUCAGACUCCAAUAUGCCCAAGAAACCCCCAACUGCUUUCUUCUUCUACUUGGAGGAUUUUCGUAAGGAAUUCCAGGCAAAGAAUCCGGAGGUCAAGUCAAUGCGUGAUGUUGGAAAGGCUUGUGGAGAGAAGUGGAAAACUAUGACUUAUGAGGAAAAAGUCCGGUAUUAUGAUAUUGCUACAAGGAAACGAACAGAGUUUGAUAUAGCUAUGGCAGACUAUAACAAAAGAAAGGAAAAUGGGGAAUUCGAAAAGGAUGAAGACGACUCUGCUUUCGAUGAUUAGCAGAAGGUAUUCUAUUUUGACCCUUUUGUCCAUCCAAUCUUUGCAUAUUUAAUCAUUACGUGCUUCCCUUUCGUGUUUACGGUGAAAUAUAGAAGGGGCAUUAUAGCUUUGUAGUCCUUUUUCAAGUUUUUGUACAUUUUGUCACAAGAAACAUGAAAUGACAACAUUGUUAAUUAGGUUGUUGGUCAUUAGGAUUGGUGUGAGACUAAGAGUGAAUAUUGGGAGUAGCUGUCCCUUUGGUGAACUAUAGUUUUUCUUUUGUAAUAAUUCUCACAUAGAUGAAGCGUACUAUGUACUAUUGUAUACUGACUGCACUUGGUUUGCUCUAUUUCUCCCUUCUAAAUAAAGGAUGACCCCAUCC